AUGCCUGCGCGGAGCUCCUUGUUCUUGCUCCUGAUCUUCUUCUCGUCCUUGAGCGAUGUUCGAAGUGGAGGGUUGAACCAUUUCCGUAGAAACGGUCAAGUUCCCCGGAAAUCUUUCGCGCACUCGUCGAUCGUGAGCAGCUUGACCAGGAGCAAGAUCAGGGCGGCGCGUCAGGCCCAGGAGGACAAGGGAUGGGAUGACGGCAUAUACAACGAAAGGAAGUCUGUCGUUGACGACGAGGUCAUCGACGGGAACAGGAAACCGCCACUGCCUCCCGAGUUGACUGAGUUGCCGAUCCCGACGAGGCCCGACUGGAGAGCAAUCACGAGCAAGGCCAUGCUGGACAGAGCCGAGCAUGAUGAGUUCAUGAAAUGGCGCAAACACCUGGCGGCCCUGGAGGAUGUGUAUGACGUGAUAUUGACGCCGUUUGAAAAGAAUCCGAACUACUGGAGACAGGUUAGGAGAGGGAGAGACGAUUUGGAUGGAGAGGGGACAGGCAGGAGGGGAGUGGUGGACAUGUGGGUGGGUGGAGGGGGAACGGGAAGGGAGGGAAAGACGGGAGGGGAGCUUGGGGACAGGUGGUGGUGA